AACAAUAAACGCAAUCUAAAUUAUCUUUCUUUUGUGUUUCUUUUUCCAUUUCCUAUAAAUAUUCGCUGCAAAAGUUUAUUGGUACUCAUCCUCGAUCAUCUCCGUUCAAUAAAAUCACUUGGUGAAAGAAUCUGAAUCUGCUACAACAAGUUUGCCGAACUCGCUAAUAGUAAGCUGAAGGAAAAUGGGAGGUGGUAAUGAUGGCGAAUCUAGUGACAAAGGGCUGUUUUCUCAGCUAGCUGGCUAUGCUACUGGGCAUUAUCCUCCACAUGGAUAUCCACAGCAAGGCUACCCACCACAAGGAUAUCCACCACCACAAGGCCCUCAUGGAUAUCCACCACAAGGCUACCCUCCUCAGGGAUAUCCACCAGCUGGAUAUCCUCCUCCAGGGGGAUACCCUCCUCCAGGAGGAUACCAUAAUCCAUCUCAUGGUGGAUAUCCACCAGCCGGUUAUCAUGGUGUGAAAUUUACAGGACACAGUUCACAUGGACCUGGCGUGGGAGGAUUACUAGCUGGAGGUGCUGCGGCGGCGGCGGCUGUCUACGGAGCUCACCAAUUGUCACAUGGAGCUCAUCAUCUUGCACACGGGGGCUUCUAUGGCCAUGGUCAUGGAAAAUUCAAACACGGGAAAUUUAAGCAUGGGAAAUUCGGAAAGCGCUGGAAGCAUGGCAUGUUUGGCAGACAUAAGGGCAAGUUCUUCGGCAGGAAGUGGAAGUAAACUCCCGUUGUGUUCGAAUAUGGAUCUUGUCAUACUAGUAUGCUCUUAUAACAGUUUACUGACUUGAUGACUGCCCCUCCAAUAAACAUAUAGAUUUGUUUCGGUUGUUAUUUGUGCCUGGCAUGCUACCAAUACUAUAUCAGUGCUUAUAUAUGUGCUGUUGGUUUAUCUCUAUGUAUAUGAAUGAGCUUGAUUCAUUGGAAA